AUGAAAUUUUAGAAAAUUAAGUAAAAAAAAAAGUAAAUUAUAUAAGAUUAUAAAAAUAAAAAAUAGUUAUGUUCAGCUCCAAUUUAUUGUUUAUUAAUAUUUAUUGAAACCAUAUAAUUUUUAUAUUAUACAAUACACCCUUUAAUAGAUUAAUAUUUAUGGGAUACAGAUAUUUUAGAUCAUUUUCGAACAGCAAUAUCAUAUUUUUAACCAAAUUAUAUAUUAUUGAAUGGCAAUUAAACAUAAUAUUUAAUAAUAUUAUAUACUUUUUUUACAUACGAUGUAUUUAAUUUAAUAUUAACUAUAAUAAUUUUAAGAUUGAUAGCAAUAAAAUAUAAUAAAAAUUCAUAAUUUUACAUUUAUUCAAUUAAAUAUCUAUCGAUAUGCAAUUUACUUUCUCGUACAAUAGCUCCUUUACCAAUUCUAAAUUCUUAUUUAGUAACUUUUAUAUGCUCAGAAAAUUUCACAAUCCACCAAGAAUAUUAAUGUUAUUAAGGCAUUUAAAUCUUUCAUAUAGUAAUGGGUGCUAUAGGAACUUUGUGCACAAUAAUAAUGGAUGCAUUAUUUAUUUUAUUAAUAAAAGAUUCUAAUCCUUUUUCUCGAAUUCCAUUUGCAUAAAAAAAUUCUUUAGUUUUAUUAAUAAAACACGCGUUAAAAUUUAUAUUAAACUUUUACAUUUGUAUUGAUUAUUCCGGAAAAUUUGUAAGAUAGUAUAUUGUAGUGCUUUCUGGAAUUCAUUUUAUAGUCUUAAUUUAACGUUAUUUAGAACCAGGAUUUUAUAAUUAAAUAGUGUAUAAUUUUUAUAUAUUUUGUGAUUGUUUACUUUUUUGGACUUCUUUUUGUUCUCUUUUUUCACUUUUUAUUGAUACAGGAUUUGUAGGAAUUACUUAUUUAAUUUUAGUGACUCCUUUUAUUUGGAGAUUAUAUGUUUUUUUUUUAAAUUAUAGAGAUUUUAAUUAUUUAAAAUUUUCAAUAAAAGAUUUCUAAGAGGAAAAAUAAGCAUUAUUUUAUAUAAAUACUAUGAUUGAUUUAAUUGAAAAAAGAUAAAAUAUUGAAAAAAAAAUAAUUUUGGAUGGAACAUUAAAAUUUCAUUCAAGAUAAUGUAUAAAAAAUGAUUGUUAUUGUAAAAAAUUGAUAUGUUUAGAUGAUAUUUAAGACACAGGAGAACAAGUGGAGUUUUCGAAAAAUUGGUAUUUGUUUUUAGCAGAAAUAUUAGAAGGAAUUAUUGAAAAUAAUCAAAAAUCAGCUUUUUUACAUCUGCUCUAUUCUUAUAUUUUACAUUUAAAACUUAAUAAUAUGUUAAAAGCUGUUUUAGAACUUAUGAUUGGUAUGUAAUUAAAACCUGAAAUUAAUACUGAUUUUGGAAUUUAUAGAUUUACUUAUUAAAUUGAAAAUGAUUUAGAAGAAAAUGAUUAAAAAGGAAAAGAUUAUAAAUCUCUUGAUUAUAAUAAAAUUGUAGUUUUUUAAAAUAAGUUUGAGGAAUUUCAAGAAGAGAUUUUUAAAACUAUAAAUUUUUAUAGUGAAUUUUGGAAUGAACUUUUAGAAGAUAAACCCGAGAUUUUAAGAUUAUAAUAAAUAGGAUAUUUUAUUACUAAAAAUGUGGCUAAUGUUAGACUUUUAUUUUCUAAGCUUAAAAAUAUUUAUGCUAAUAAUAUUAAAUGUUUAGAAAUUUUCGGAUAGUUUUUAAAAUAAAUUGUUAAUGAUUAAGAUGAAGCUGAUCAAAUAUUAAAUUUAGUUAAAUAUAUAAAAUAUUCUUAAAAUGCAAAUAAAAAAUUUAUUGAUUAGGAAAAACUAAAAUAUGGAGAAAAUUCUAAAACUGCUAUUUUAACUUGUUCAGGCAAUAUUAAUAAUAUGGGAAUUAUAACAAAUUCUAAUAAUGAAAUUUAUAGGUUUAUUUUACAUAUAUAAUUUAAUAAUUUAUUAAUAUAUAGAAUUUUAGGAUACUAAAAAAAUGAAAUUUUAUAAUAAAAUGUUAACAUAUUAAUGCCUUAAGUUUAUGCAGAUAUUCAUGAUAGUUUUUUUAGAAAUUAUUUGGAAACCUCGGAACACAAAAUUAUGAAUUUAGAAAGAACUGUAUUGCCAUAAAAUAAAGAUUAAUAUUUAGUACCUUGUAGCUUAAUGAUAAAACUACAACAUAAUUUAUAAGACGGAAUAACUUUAGUAGGUUUUUUAAAAGAAAUAGAUUAUAAUGAUAAUAAUGAAACUAAUGAUAAUACUAAUGGAAGUAAAAUUAGUAAUAAUGUAAUAAAUAAUUAAAUUGAUAAUUAAGAAGAUAAAAUUCAUUAUUUAAUUUAUGGUAAUGAUGGAAAUCAUUUAAUUUACGGAGUUUCUGAGUCUUGCUAUUAAAAUUUUGGAAUUUCUUAUAAGUUUUUAUAAGGUUAUACUAGUAUUGGUAAUGAAUUGAAUAUAUGUAAAAUAAAUAUUUUAAAAUUAACUUAAUUAAUACAUAAAUAUAUUAAAGAAUAAAUAUGCCCAGAUUUGCUAAAUCCUAAAAAUUUUGAAGAGUUAUAAAGCCCAGGAGGAUUAUUGACUGUGCUUGAUACAAGUAUAAUAGAAGAAUUAUAUUAUAACAAUUUUGAAAUUUCAGAUAAAGAAGAUGAAAACGAAGAAGAAUUUUAAGAGAAUUUAUAAAUAAAUAAUUAAUAAGAAGAAAAUUCUUAUAAAAAACAAAAGUAUAAUCUUCAAACAGCAUAAGUAAGAAUAAAUUUACUUGAAUAAUAAAAUUUUUAAAAUUUAAAAUUAAAUAUAAUUGCAUUUGUUGAGGUAAAAAAUAAUAAAGAAAAAUAAGAAAAAAAUGAAAUUGCAGAUGAAAUAUAAGAAAAUGAUAACGCAAGCUAACUUAAAAAUGAUGAAGAUUAGAUUUCUGAAAACGAAUCUUAUAAUAAUGAAGAUAGUGUGUAUUAAAAUGAAGAUUUAAGAAAAAUAAAAGAAUUAAAAUAAAAAAUUAAUGAAAACAAAGAACCUUAAAAUAUAAAAAUAUUAAAAAUAACAGUUAUAAUUCUUUUUUUAUUAUUAGUAGUUUGCUCUGUGAUAAAUUUAUAUUUCAAAUUAUAAUAAAAUAUUUAAUUAGAAAAUGCGAAAAAAUCUAUUUUUAAAGUUUAUUAAAGGCAUAAAGAAAUAGCACAUAUAAACUAUACUUUAAGAAAAUUAUAUUACGAGGUAAAAAUAAAUAAAUAAAUAAAUAAAUAAAUAAAUAAAUAAAUAAAUAAAUAAAUAAAUUAAUAAAUAAAAAAUAAAUAAUUAUUUUAUUUUUUAUAGUUAACAUAACAUGUUAAUUCACUUUAAUAAAUAUAAUUUGAUUUAAUUAGUCUUAAGAUGUAUUUAGAUUAAAAUACCUAAUUUUUAUUAGAUAAUUAAUUAUACAAAAUACAGUUUUUACUAUAAAACGGUAACAUUUAAUUUUAAGAAAAUACUUAUACUGAUUCAAUAAUUUAAUAUAUAACUUCAAGUUCUUCUCUUGCAAAUUCUACAAUCUCCUCAUUUAAUUUCAAAUCAGUAACUCCAGGGUUUUUUUAUAAUAAAUAUUUUUUUUUAAAUUAAAAUUAUAGUUAAGUAUUUUUAGAUGUUACUUAAACAAAUUUUUAUUACGUUAUUUAAAAUGGUAAUUUUAUUUUAAGAUAAGGAUCAGAAGAAAUAGCAGAGACUUUUUAUUAAUAUUACUAAAAAAAUAUAAGUGAUUUUGAAAAAAUAUAUUAUAUUAUAAUGUUUGUAGUUAUUGGAUUUUUAACAUUUUGUUUUUUGGUAUUGACUAUAAUUGUUUUUAGAGUUUUAAAAGCUAAUAAUAAAGUACUUUCAUUAUUUGGAAUUAUAUAAAUAUUUGAAAUUUAAAAUUUAGUCCAAAUUUGUUAAAGCUUUUAAGAAAAAUAUUUAGAAGAGAUUUUAAAAUAGUAAAUAAGCUUGUAAGUGGAUGAUCAACCAUAAGAAGAAGUGAAUGUAUGUUAAAUUGAAAAACAAGAUGAUAAUGAUAAUGAAAAUGAUAAUGAAGAAGAUGAAUUAUAAUAAUAAAAAACAAAAAGAAAUUAAGAAAAUAUUUAAAAAGGUUAAAAUGAAUAGUAAUAAAUAAGAAAGAAGAAACAAAAGAAGCUUUCAUUAUUAGAAUAAAGCUUAUUAAGAAGUUAAUUAUUGUUAAAUUCAAAAGAUAAUAAUAAAAAAAUAAUUAUUUUGCAGUUCUUUUUUAUUGCUAGUUUAUAUUUUAUUUAUUUUAUUACUGAUUUUAUUAUAUAAUUAUAAUAUUUAAAUAAUUCUUCUUCUCUUUUAUAACAUUUAAAACUUAUUUCUUAAAGAAAUUUAAUUAUUAAAUAUAAUUAGCUUUAUACUAUUGAAGAAAUAAUUACUGAUUAAAAGUAAAUAGAAAAUACUAAAAAUUUAAAUACUCUUUUUACAGAAUAUUAUUAUGUAAACGAAUAAUAAAUAUUCCUAAGUAUUAAAGAAGAGUUCCCUAGUAGUUUUGAUAAUUAUAAAAAAUCGUUUCAGAUUUUUAAUUAUGAAAAUCUAUGUUAAAAAUUAAUCGAUACUUAAGAUUAAUCGUAGUGUGAAACAGUUGAUAAUAAUAUAAUGAAAUUUGGUUUAAGAAUUUCGAUGGUUUCUUUUAUAGAAAAUACUAAUUAGUUAUUUGAUUACUAAAAAUAAAAAUGA